UCCGUCCGUCCGGCCCCGAGUCCGGGGCAAGAGGGGGCCUGAGGGGGAGCCGGCCGCCGCGGGGAUGAAGGACCGCCUGCCCGACUUGACAGCGUUGAAGAAAAAUGAAGAUGGCGAAACAACAGUUGUUAUUGAAAAGGACCAUUUCAUGGAUGAUUUCUUCCACCAAGUUGAGGACCUUCGGAACAGUAUAGCUAAAAUUGCGCAAAAUGUUGAAGAAGUAAAAAAAACCCACAGUAUCAUCCUUUCAGCACCAAAUCCAGAAGGAAGAACAAAGGAAGACUUAGAAGAACUGAAUAAAGAAAUCAAGAAAAUUGCGAAUAAAAUCAGAGCCAAGUUAAAGUCUAUUGAGCAAAGUUUCGACCAAGAUGAGAAUGCCAACCGAACUUCAGUAGAUCUCCGAAUACGAAAAACACAGCAUUCAGUUCUGUCUCGAAAGUUUGUGGACGUCAUGACAGAAUAUAAUGAAACCCAAACUCUGUUUCGGGAACGAAGCAAAGGACGGAUACAACGUCAGCUAGAAAUUACUGGAAAAACCACCACUGAUGAUGAACUGGAAGAGAUGUUGGAAAGCGGGAAUCCUUCCAUUUUCACUUCUGAUAUUAUAUCAGAUUCACAAAUUACUAGACAAGCACUCAAUGAAAUUGAGUCACGCCACAAAGAUAUCAUGAAACUGGAGUCCAGUAUACGAGAACUACACGAAAUGUUUAUGGACAUGGCAAUGUUUGUUGAGACUCAGGGUGAAAUGAUCAACAAUAUAGAAAAAAACGUUAUGAACGCAUCAGACUAUGUAGAACAUGCUAAGGAAGAAACUAAAAAAGCUGUUAAAUACCAAAGCAAAGCACGAAGGAAAAUGAUGUUCGUAAUUAUUUGUGUAAUUAUUUUGCUUGUGAUCCUUGGAAUUAUCCUAGCAACCACACUGUCAUAGCAAGUCUCUACCAGGAGCUGAGGAGUUUCGGAGAUGUGCAACAUGCUGGCAGAGAAACCAGUACCGUGAUUUUGGCAAAUAUACUUGAACGGAAUGAUCUGUAACUUUCAACUCUGAUUUUAGCAUCAGUGAAUUCAAAGUGAAAACCCAACGGGAAGUAAUGUUGAAAUGUGUCUCUGGGAGAGUGAUCGUAGUAAACACACUUUUGCUGUAAUAUGCUACAAAAAUUUGAAAACGUUAAAUUUCCUUUAGUGGUUUCAAAUAAUGGCCAACUGAAGAAUUCCACUUUGGAUAUUUGUGUUAAAAAUAUCAAGUUUAAUUAAGAGUACUUUUAUGAAGCAAAUGUGCUUCAGCUACGCAACUUCGUUUUCCUCCACUAAUAUAUUCCAAUUAAGAGAAGUUUUUGUACUUCAUUUACUCUUGUUCAGCUCUUGUUGGCAAAAUGCCGAUUAUUCAAACAGCUGCUUGUAAUUUUUGCACCUAUUAACUGUUUAAUACAUUAACAUCUAUUCCAGUUUAAAUACUAAAUGUUGCCUGGGUAAAAAAAAACUUCAGCAUUUCAUUUUAAAAUACAAUGUGUUUAAACACAGCACAUUAUAGAACAGCCAUGAAGUAUCCUUAAAGAAAUUCAAGUGCCUCUGUUAAUAGUGACUUUUAAAUUAAUUAAUCUUACUUUUGAAAGCUCUUAGAAGAGAAUCUAGAUUAUUGUACUCCAUUACUACCUUUCUUGUGAGCCACAAUAAUAAACAAUUAGUCUCUUCAUUGCAAAGUUUUUUUAAAAAAAUUCAGCUCAUUUGUACUUUUUGUACAUUAUUCAAACUAGAAAUAAAAUGUAGCAAUGGAAUGUACAUAUUUGUGUUGUAGCCCAAAAUAGUUGUUCCCAGUUGCACCCUGAAUCAAAUUAUAUGAAAGAUUAUUUCAAUCUUAAUAAGUUGGUCAUGAAUUUCAAAAGCUCCCAUACUUCUUGAAGUCUGGGGUUGAUUCAGAUAAUAUAAUAAAGUACAUAAUUUAUUUCCUAUACAUUUCUUAGCGUGGUGCUGCUGUGUUGUGACAUUUAUUACAUGUGUUUAACACUAAUGAAGUGUUUGUAAUGCAUUUACAGUUAUGAAGCUAUCAACUUGUGAAAUUAAGUGAACAUUUUAAAUAUAUCCAAAAUAUAGCCAACUUUCAUGUUUUAAGCCAAGCUUUGUGACUGUAUAUCGCUGUAAAAGUGCCUGUAUUUUGUCUUCCCUUUGUUUUACGUUUGAUGUAGAUAUAUUUAUACCAAAUGAAAAGGUGAAAAGUGAGUGUGUAGUAAGUUACUAUUGAGCAGUUUCAAAGCUGUCUUCCUUAUUUAAUACAGUUUUAAAUUUUAGUGCCUCAUACGUGGUUUCUAGAGAUCAUUUUAUUUCGCUAAAUGCCAUGUUCCUGCUAUCUAUUUAAAAG